GCUCCCCCUAUUUUCGAAGUAGUCGCGUCUGUUUCGCAAACUCCGCAAAGCACUAUGGGAACACGUGCGGUCAAGAUGGCGGCGCCCUUCACUAGAGUUUAUCGACCAUUAUGGAGAAUAAUAACUACAACUACAUUAAACAAAGGCGUGCGAAAUGUUUCGUCCACUAGGCAACAGUGGUCUGCGCAAAAUGUCAAAACUGCGGGUGUUGCGUGGAGUGCUCCGUGGGCGCUGCAUGGAGCCGUAUGUCUGCAGCGGCUGCCUGUGGUCUCUCAAGAUAGGAGCCCUAUUGAGGAGGAGUUCAUGAAGCUUAUGCGCCAGAUGGAGUUAGAGAGAAGUCUGCUUUCGGACCAUGAGCUGAGGCUCCUGGAGGACGCUGCACGGAUGAGCCGGAAACAAGAAGACGAUUAUGAUUCAGAUGAAGAGGAGGAGGAUUAUAGAGACAAAGAAAUAGUCACAGCCCAAGAUCUGGAAGAUAUUUGGGAACAAAAACUGAAGCAAUUUCAACCAGCUCCGAGGUCACAAGGUGUUGACGAGAAAGGCGUGAGUUCUUCAGAGCGUUGUUUAGCAGAAAGCCUGAUCUUGCUGGUGAAGAAGGAUGUUGGCAGUGAAAAGCUUUGGCUCCUGCCUCAGAUACAGUGGGAGACGGGAGAGACACUUCGACAGACGGCUGAACGUGCUCUUGCAAGUCUUCCAGGUGCUGACCUAAAGGCCACUUUCCUUGGCAAUACACCCUGUGGAUUUUACAAAUAUAAAUACCCAAAGGACAUUCGGAAAGAGGGCAGUGUUGGAGCCAAGGUGUUCUUUUUCAAAGCUUUGCUAUCCAGCCACAAGCACUUACCCCUGGAGAAGAACUCAUUUGCCUGGGUAAAAAAGGAUGAACUCCAGGACUUCCUGAAGCCAGAGUACCUAAAACAAGUCAGACGCUUCAUUAUGGCUCUGUAAUAUGGGAAGACAUGGACAUGAUGGAGAAUAUGUUGGAAAACAGACCGCAAGUUAAUGCUUUUCAUAUUUUUGGACUAUUAUUCCAUGAGUUUGGACCCUAUUCCAUCAUAUGAUGGCAAUAUAAGUGAUGUUCAGAUUGUCGUAUAGAUGUUAUACAGUAUGUUUCAUACACUCUAUUGUCAUCUGCCAUGUACUUGUAUAUUUAUCCUGCUUAUAAAUGGAAACCUUUUUGACUUUA